AUGAUUUGGGGUAUUUUGAGGCGAACAUUGGUAGGAAGUGUGCGGUUUAGUCGAACCGCUUUGCGCUCCUUGUACCUUCCAAAUGAAGCGACACUCUACACAGACACCUUAGUCCGUCUUGUGUUCAGCAUGUAUUACAUCCCUGCGAUCGUUGUGACGAUCGCGAUGACGCACAACGCACUAGAGCUAGUAGUAUGGCGGUUGGUGUUCCCGGUAACUCAGGAAAUGGAAAAAAACAGUUAUAAUUUUUCAUCUACAUGGACAUUGCUAUUAGGUCUGUGUGAUAUUUUCCGAAGAGUCGCACCUUUUACGACGCUAGGCAUUUCUAUCGCCACAGUUGGACACAAGAUGCUUAACGGCAUCACCGAGGCCAUGCUUGACGCCUAUAUAAAGCACCAGGGCAAGGAUUACCCCCUCACGCGUGCGCGUCUCCAGUUUCUGAUGAAGAAGCCAAUCCGUGUAGCAGCACUCCUGGGUGUCAUGGUCACUCUUUCCUUCUCUUUUAUCUUUGUCUUUUAUACCAGCAUCAUUGAGUUUCUCAUGCGCAAGGAGUUCGUCGUCGUCAUCGCCACCUUGGUUGUUGGGAUCGUGCAGUCCCUGUACGUGGGUCUGACCGUGCCGCACUGGGUUCAAUCGAAGUUGAUUAAUGCACACAAACCACAGCAGAUGCUUGAGCCCGCUGAGAAGGGUUGGAACGCCCUGCGAGCAGGAGCUUCUGAAGCACACUCGCUGCCGUUGAGCAAACGCGCCGAAAACGACCCUGUGUUUGGCCAAGACAAAUUAGUGGGAGAGACCUUGAAGCAAAGAAAUGGCAAAAUAGCGGCAGUGGGACAAAGCAACGGCGAGGUGAAUGGUCACUUACAGAGGGCAGAAGGUGGCCGAGGGGUCGCAUCGGCCGUGAGAGCUGAGGCGAUUCGGAGAGAAAAGCUUUUCGCCCACAUUGAAAAUGAGUGGUGGACAGAGCACAUCAGUUUGAUGCGAUACAUAGCCCUUGUAUUUGUUGUGUUUUUUUCGGUGCUUGCCGGGAUUCCCCACGGCCCGUUACGAAGCCUAACCACCGCGGUACUGAUGAUCAUGUGUCUCAACUCUGCUCACCUCUUUGCCUACUUGUCCCUAUCCUUCACCUCCGCCACGAUUCGAACUGUGUGGUCCUACCGAUGGCUGCGGUGGCAUCCAGACGCCCGUCUGCCUGUGCUCACGGUGGUGUUGCCCUAUGAGAUGAUGCUUUUAAGCGGGCUUGUUCACUUUCAGAACCACAUUUUGACGUGUGUGAUGCUGCUCGGGGUCAACAUGUUGCUGGUGGCACGCGGGAUCGACCUCGUACGCGAGUUUGAGAUGACAGAAAACGGCUCGGUACACUGGGUGGAUUGCUCCCUGCGGGAUCACGAAAGGCUUCUGGAGCCGUCCUUGGCUAUCCUCCUGGAGGAUGCCUAUAGAAGGGACGACAAGCAAUUCGCUAUUGUGAGUCUAGAUUCGUUUUUUGACGUGGAGCACAUGCUGAUCAGGUACUCGGAUGGCACUGAAAUUCCGAUUUUGAGGAGGCAAAUCAUCCCCUAUGGCGCCGCACGACGUCUUCUGCGCAGUCAAGAGUUUUAUUUCUACGUCUUGCCCCGUUUCUUGUCGCUGCAAAGUCCUGUCAACUUUAUCGGGAAGACCUUUAGUACCGUUCGGAUCGUCCUUCGGGCUGUGACUAUUACAAUAUGCCUUUUGUUUGCCCUCAUUGUGAGUGGUAUGUUGGUGCAGGCGGCCUUUCCUGAACUGCGCCCCAUCCCCGUACGCGUCCGCGCGUCGAAUGAUGGCCGUGUUCUUACCUUUGACCAUAUUGUAGUGCGCAUGCACUUCCUAUCUCGGUCUAACUUAACAUGCGAUACCGACGACACGUCGUGCGCUUUGCCCAAGGUGAACCUCAGCAGUUUCAAGUGGCUCGAACCCAUCUCCGACGGCAACGAAGACCUUUACCCGUACUUAUGCACACGUGACUACUACGGGACCUCGGUGUGGGAAUUGGCGCUACUGGCGCUUGCCCCAUACCUCUCAAACACAGACGAGAUAGGCGCCAUGUUAAACUUCAUGAAUACAAAUAUGGGCUCUGAUUGGAUUGUCCAGCCGCGCCAUGGCACUGCGUGUGUUUCGACGGAUUCAAGCCACGAGCCCACCGGCUGGACAGGCUUUUAUGACUUUUAUAGUGCCUCUAGAAACAUGUCCGUGAUUGCGGUGCGUGGCACGGAUCUCUCUUCCUUCAAAGACUUUCUCAUUGAUAUAAAUCUUUUUUUCGAGACGGUGUUAUACCAGCUCAUGACCAUGAUUGUGCCAGGCGCGGUGGUCGUACCGAAGGAGCUUGUUGUCAACCUCAUUCGCGUCGCCUCCCUUCAGGAGAAGUUUUGUAGCCCUGUCGGCGGUCUCUCCAACGUUGAGGCUGACAGUGAGGAGACCUGGGCACAUCUCCUGAGCUCCACCAACAGGUCGCUGCGGGAAUGCAGACACAACAACUACCGUCGUAAUUUUUAUGCGGAUGCGUACAACCACCUCGUCUUUCGCGCCCUGCAACCCGACCACCCAAAGCAUGUGGUGUUGACCGGGCACUCGCUCGGCGGGGCCAUCGCCGCGAUUCUCGCUGCGCAACUGGAUAUCAAGGCGGUUGCGUUCUCCGCACCCGGUAUCCUACUAGGCCGGAAAAAGUUUGACGCGAAUCUGCGCCUGAUUCACAAGAAUGUUAUGACCGUCAUUCCAUCCAGUGAUAUUGUGCCCAAACUGGGCCAACACGGCGGAGAGGUCCACCACGUUGAGUGCCUCGCUUCAACAAAAGAACUGUGCCAUGCCAUGGAGUUCCUCAUCGGCACGCUCUGGCGCGCGUGUGGUUCGUUGCGUGUCAGGUUCCCGCUGAUCCAGGAGGUAGUUUAG